AUGGUGAUUUUAACAAACCCAAGCCGAGAUGGUAAGUAUUUGCCAACAAACGAUGCGUCGACGUGUGUUCUAGGUCAAUCUACUAAUUUGUUUGUCGCUAUUCAGAUCGUUUCUCCACAUCUCAUUGUGUUUUCACAGGAUGCAUUUUCAAGUAUUUCCUGCUCUGUGUGGCCUUCAUCGUCCAUAAUCUCUGUUGUUUUAUCUAAUAACGUUUUAAUUUACUUUAUUAAAUUAAAUAAUUUUAGGUGUUUUAAUUUUUUAGGAAAUCCUAUUUUAUAUGCACUUCAUAUCUUUGCAUUUGCUGAUUUGACAGUGGAGCGAGACUCCUCGGUCUCGCUUCCCGAUUCCUAG